UCGGGGCGGGGGAGACGCGGGAGGGCGGGGGAAGGAGAGGCGACCCGGGAGUCGUUGUGGGCCGCGGGCCGGACCGGGUCCCGGGGCGGCGGGAGCCAGGGCCGGGCGGAAGGGCUGGGCGGCCGUUAGCGGGCGGCGGGGGCUGCCGGCCCGCUCCCCGCCGGACCUGCGCGCCGGGCGCCCGGCGCCUCCCGCGGCGCCCACCCGGCUCCAGCUCGCGUGUCCCGGCUCCAAUUAGGUCAGGCUCCGAGGCGGGCGGCCUCGGUCCGGCCCCCGGCGCGCCGCCGCCACCGGCUAGCCCUCCUUUCUUCUCUCGCCUUUCUCGCCUUUCUCGCCUCACCCUCCCCCCUCCUGCUCACGUUGCUGGGGUGUUGGUUUUUGUUGUCUGCAGCUUUCGGGGUUCCGUGCCCCAGCCCGAGCUCAUGGGUGUACACGAUCAUGCUCCUCUUUUGUAGAGCGACCCGCCGGCCAUGGAGGCCGAAGAGACGAUGGAAUGCCUGCAGGAGUUCCCCGAACAUCACAAGAUGAUCCUGGACCGAUUGAAUGAGCAGCGGGAGCAGGACCGGUUCACUGACAUCACCCUGAUUGUCGACGGUCACCAUUUUAAGGCCCACAAGGCUGUGUUGGCUGCUUGCAGUAAGUUCUUCUACAAAUUCUUUCAGGAAUUUACUCAGGAACCUUUGGUGGAAAUAGAAGGUGUUAGUAAAAUGGCCUUUAGUCACUUAAUCGAGUUCACAUAUACAGCAAAGUUAAUGAUCCAAGGAGAAGAAGAAGCCAAUGAUGUGUGGAAAGCAGCAGAGUUUCUACAAAUGCUGGAAGCUAUCAAAGCUCUUGAAGUCAGGAACAAAGAGAACGCUGCUCCACUAGAGGACAAUAGCACAGGAAAAAGUGAGGCCAAGAAAAGGAAGAUUGCAGAAACUUCUAAUGUCAUCACUGAGUCGUUGCCAUCCGUGGAAUCAGAACCAGUUGAAAUUGAGGUGGAGAUUGCUGAAGGCACGAUCGAAGUGGAAGAUGAAGGCAUGGAGACGUUGGAGGACGUGGCUUCUGCCAAGCAGUCCAUCAAGUACAUUCAGAACACAGGGUCCUCCGACGACUCGGCGCUGGCACUGUUGGCAGACAUUACCAGCAAGUACCGUCAAGGUGAUAGGAAAGGGCAGCUUAACGAAGAAGGCUGUGCAUCUGACCCCACAAGCAAACAGGAACACAUGAAAUCACACUCCACUGAGAGUUUCAAGUGUGAAAUAUGCAAUAAAAGGUAUCUUCGGGAGAGCGCGUGGAAACAGCACCUCAGUUGUUACCACCUUGAGGAAGGUGGGGUCAGUAAGAAGCAAAGAACUGGGAAAAAAAUUCACAUAUGUCAGUACUGUGAGAAACAGUUUGACCACUUUGGACAUUUUAAAGAGCAUCUUCGAAAACAUACAGGUGAAAAACCUUUUGAAUGUCCAAAUUGUCAUGAACGAUUUGCUAGAAAUAGCACCCUCAAAUGUCACCUGACUGCGUGCCAAACUGGAGUGGGGGCAAAAAAGGGAAGAAAGAAGCUUUACGAGUGUCAGGUCUGUAACAGUGUGUUUAACAGCUGGGACCAGUUCAAAGAUCACUUGGUAAUACACACUGGAGAUAAGCCCAACCAUUGUACUUUAUGUGAUUUGUGGUUUAUGCAAGGAAAUGAAUUAAGAAGGCAUCUCAGCGAUACUCAUAAUAUUACGGAGCGUCUGGUAACCGAAGAAGUUCUUUCCGUGGAAACACGAGUGCAGACGGAGCCUGUGACGUCCAUGACUAUCAUAGAACAGGUGGGGAAGGUGCAUGUGCUGCCGCUGCUGCAGGUCCAGGUGGACUCCGCACAGGUGACUGUGGAGCAGGUCCAUCCAGAUCUGCUCCAGGACGGCCAAGUGCAUGACUCCCACGUGAGCGAGCUGCCGGAGCAGGUCCAGGUGAGCUAUCUAGAAGUGGGUCGAAUUCAGACUGAGGAGGGUACUGAAGUCCACGUGGAGGAGCUGCAUGUGGAGCGGCUAAACCAGGUGCCCCUGGGAGUUCACACUGAGCUGCUCCAAGCGGACUUGGAUCAAGUGGCCCCUGACAUCACGAAGCAGGAGGAGAGGGAGCCCAGCCAGGACGACGAAGCUGAGGCGGCCACGGAAGACCAGGGAGGUGCUGAGGAUUUAGAGAGCAAACCAACAGAGGAUUGCCCAGCGGAAAGCCCAGGGACUGAGGACAGAAUGCCGAGGCCAGUUUUAGAGUGAAAGAACGAAUAUAUUUUUAAUGUGUGUAUUGGGCUUUUGAACUGAUGUGGGGCGGCAUGACUGUCCUUGAGCUGACAGACAAGCGGACCAAAGUUCAACUCUUCCUUCUUGUGCUGAACUGUUUCUUUGAAACAAGCUGAUUUCCCUCCCACUUCAUGCCCCAGAGGAGGGAUGUUGCCCGUAGCAAAUGGGAAGGUUUGAGAAGUAUAUUUCUGGAAACUUUAAACGGAUUCUAUUCUUCUAUGUAGUUGGGUACGAACGUAUCUGUUUUCAUUGUGGUAAGGGUCCCCACCCCCCUCUCUUUCCCAGGUUGUGUUCUUCCUCGGAGUUUUUCCAUAUUGUAAAGUCAAACAAAACCAUUAGAAUACAGCGGGUAUUCUAAUGCAUGCUAGAAAAAAUGAAUCCAUAGGAAACAGGCCGCAUGAAGAAGUGCAUUGUUACUGUGCAGUUACGUCUUGGCUUCUGGCUUUCUUUAGUUUGACGCGUUCUUGUCUACCUGAUAGUCACAGGUGUCAUCUCUGCAACAGAAAUGGUGGCAAAAUGUCCAGAAUGUAAAAAAAGAUCUACACCCACGUGCCUUUCAAAACCACCUGAACUUCUCUAAAGCAUCUCUGGUUCUUUCAAAGUUUGUGUUGUGAGGAGCGAUGUAGAUGAUGCUCUGUAGUACUUUCUAUUUUUGUUUAUGGUGAAAGCUACCAGUUCUUUUUCACUUAAGUUAGGUUGAGAAAUUUCAUUUAAUGGCAGCUGAAGGGCCAUUUUCAAUUGGAAAAAUACAUUUAUGUCUGUGGUAACCUUUAUUUUGAAGAAAAAUUGCACUAGUAUUUUACCACCAGAUUUAAAAAAAAAAAAAAAAGGAUGAGCAUCAUUUGAAAAUUAAUGUAUUUAAAAUAAAGUACAGAGAAAAACAUGUAUAUAAUAUAUCAGGCUUUGUUUUGAAUGAAUCUUUUCCCCGAUCCUUAAUGUAAAGAUCUUGUGCUAUAACUUUUAAAGCCAUACAAAUAAGAGUGCUAAACUGUGGACUUCAAAGUAGGUGUGUAAAUAUUUUUAAUCAGUAUUACUUGGAAAAUAAAAUAUAACAACCACAUAAACCAAUAUGCUAUUUUCUUUACCUGUUAAAUAUUGGGAGAUAUUUACAUUUUUAAAGUAAACUUUAAAAUUAAGUGUU